GACCUUAUAUCUAUGUUUCCAACCAGUCCUUGUUUUUCAUUUUUUCCUCGAAACUCUUUUCUUCUUCCUUAAUUUUACGAAACCCCCCAAAUUAGGGUUUCCAUCAACGUGAAGGUCCUUUUCUCAAAAACAUCCAGACUUACAUGCGAAUCCAUGGAAGCGCAAAAUUUGAUAUUGAUAUGUCAGUAUGGAGGGAAGUUUGUGCCGGAAAAGGAUGGGUCCUUGUCGUAUAAUGGUGGAGAGGCACAUGCUGUAGAUAUUAAUCUUGAAACUCGUUUUGAUGAUCUCAAGUUGGAAAUUUCAGAUACGUGUAGCAUUGAUUUUGAAUCCAUCACUAUGAAAUACUUUCUCCCCGGUAACAAACGGACUCUUAUAACAUUAGCUAAUGACAGAGAUCUUAGACGAAUGAUGCAUUUCCAUGACACAUCUGCUACAGCAGAUGUUUUUGUAGUGGAAAAAGAGAUUGCUCAACCUAAACCGAAGACCCCUGUCAACAGGGAAAGUAGAGCAACUAACAAUGUAGUUGGGACUACCACAUUAACUCCGGCCGCAACUACCCCUGAUGUGAAUAACGCAGUUGUUGUUGAUUCCCCCACUGCUCCCAUGGGAAACACAGUCAUUGAUCUUGCUGCUGCGAGCCCCUCUACUAGUGGUGCUGUUGCAUUGGACCCCAGAACUAGCCGUGGCAAGGAUGGUGGUGUUGCUGGUUUUUCUUCUGUGGCUGAUUUCAUUGCUGAUGGUGUUGUGAAGAAAACAGGACGCACUGCAUCGUGGAAAUUUGGUGCAAAAGGUUUCACUAUUGUUUCUAUUGCAGAUGACGCAGAGAAGCAAGUGCCUGCAAGAACCAAGGGGAAUAAUCCAGACACUGUUUCUUCUGGUGAUGAUGACCAUGGGGACCAAUUUCCGUCUGAAUCAUCUGACCAUGAUAACCAGAGCAAUCACAAUGAUUCUGUUACAGAUGAUUUUGUCGAAGGACGACAUAAGCUGAUUGAUUCAUGGAAAAAUGGCAUAACUGGCGUUGGUCAGGAGUUCAAGAACGUCCAUGAUUUUCGUGAUAUACUGCGGAAAUAUGCCAUUUCAAAUCGCUUUGUCUACCGGUACAAGAAAAAUGAUACGGAUCGUGUAAGUGCCAGAUGUAAAGUUGAUGUAUGUUCAUGGAGGAUUCAUGCAUCCUGGGUCCAAGCUAAAGUAUCAUUUAGGAUAAAAAAGUUUGAAAAUUUCCAUACAUGUGAUGGUAGCUUACCUGCCCAUCAUCCUCAAGCAACAAAAAAUUGGCUGGCGACGCUGGUAAAAGAGAUGUUGCAAGAGAGCCCACAUUACAAGCCCAAGGAGAUUGUUACUGCCAUUUGCCAAGAUUUUGGGAUUGAGCUGAACUAUUCACAAGCUUGGCGGGGGAUGGAAAUCGCCAGAGAGCAACUUCAGGGCUCAUAUAAAGAUGCAUAUAAUCAAUUCCCAUGGUAUUGUGAGAAGGUGAUGGAGACAAACCCGGGGUAGUUUUGCUAACCUUACUACGAAGGAUGACCAAAGCUUCCAUCGUCUCUUUAUCUCUUUUUAUGCCACUAUACAUGGUUUUGA